CAUCAUCAUCUUCUUCAUCAUCAAUAACCAAACUCUGUCUUCUUGAAUUCCCCCAGCUCCUUCCAAACAUCACAACAUCAGUACCAUGCAGCUACAAACAAAAUGAAUUGGUAACAAAAUUUUUAUUUCAGGAUUAGAUGUAGGAAGAGUUGCAGGAUUAGGUGGAUUAACUACCUGAGGCCUGACCUUAAGCAUAAAGAUUUUACAGAACAAGAAGAGCAUCUCAUUAUUCAGUACCAUGCAGCUAUAGGCAGCAGAUUGGAGGUCACCAUACCCAAGAAGAUUUUUCAGUGAGAGGCAAGGAGAACCCAAGGACAAGGUUCAAAUUUAUACCUGGAUGGAUGCUACACUUAGAGAGAUGACUGAUCUCGUGAAAGAAGUAUCUCCAGCUGCCAGAAGACGAGAUGCAAAAUUGUCAUUUGCAGUUGUAUAUCCUGAUAAAAAUGGGCGUAUGCAAGUAAAGAAGGUAUAUACUCCGAGGAAUGCGCCUUAUGCUAGUGAGGAAAUUGAUGUGGUUCGUGAGCAAUGGGCUAAGUUUUUUACCAGCAAGUAUUUGUUAUUGGCAUGAGCGCUUGAUCGAGUUGGUUUAGAUGUUAUAGAACAAUCUUUUAUAUUAAAAUGUAUGCGUUCGUUGAAAUUGGAACAUACAUAUAUUUAAUUGUAUGUGGUACGUACACUUUGGUUUUGGGAUAUAUACAAA